AUGAGCUGUUUCGAAAAUAUAACAAUGCCUGACUGCGCAUGGUUUGAGGCUGGAGAAAAGCGCAACGUUCUUGCAUCCAUAUUCUCUGGGCUUUUGUUUUUUACGGGCUGGUGGUUUAUUAUUGACGCAGCAGCUGUGUAUCCAGGUGAUCUACCGAAUGCUUCGCAUGUUUGUGGAGUCAUGGCCACUCUGUCUCUUCUGAUGGUCAAUUCUGUAUCUAAUGCACAGGUGAGAGGGGAAACAUACACUGGAGGAUGUAUGGGUCCUCGAGGAAGUAGGCUGUGGCUGUUCCUUGGCUUUGUUAUUGGAUUUGCUUCACUAAUUGCUGCUUGCUGGAUACUUUUUGCAAAUUAUGUUAAUGCUGGAAGCAGUAAGCACACAUGGCCUGGAGUGAGUUUAUUCUUACAAAACGCUUUUAUAUUCGCUGGAUCUUUGGUGUUUAAGUUUGGCCGCACUGAAGAUGUAUGGGGUUAA